AUGCCAAGGUCUUUCCUUGUGAAAAAGAAACGUGGGCCAUGUGGAGCAUGGCAGUGGAAAGAAUCAGAACAACAUGAGUGGAAAGAAGAAAAUCCACAAGUGAGUGAAAAUAUUGAAAAACAGAUAUCCUGCAGUCCUGGCACCCAAGACCCUGCCACCAUGCCUCAGCCAGUAAUCACCUCAGGACGUGAUGCAACAAGAGGAAUUAUAGUGCCAGUACCUUUAACAGGACUGGGAGGACCAAGAGCUGAUACCAGGCCGGACUGGUCUACUGUGAUGCUCCGGGGCUCCUACCAUCCCAGUACAAUGGCACUGGUCAGCAGAGCAAAGCCACGUCCCCGUACUUCCCCUGUCUCAGGUGACUUUGUUUGCUCAGUGUGCCACAAGAUCUUCCCUCUACAACGCAUGUUGACCCGCCACUUGAAGUGCCACAGCUUGGUGAAGAGGCAUCCUUGUCGGUUCUGUGGCAAAGGAUUCAAUGAUACCUUCGACCUAAAGAGACAUAUGCGAACACACACAGGUAUCCGUCCCUACAAGUGUGAGCUGUGUGAGAAAGCUUUCACACAGCGUUGCUCUCUGGAGUCUCAUAUGAGAAAGAUUCAUGGUGUACAUCAGCAGUAUGCUUACCGCCAGAGACGCUCCAAGAUCUUUGUGUGUGAGGAUUGUGGUUAUACAUCAAGCCGGCCUGAUGAGUACUUCCUCCAUGUGAGACAAUGCCACCCUGGCAGCCCUGCUCUCCGCAGGUACUACCGUCGUCAGGCUCAUGAGAACAGCACCUUUCCAUCAGAAGAUCGUAAACUCAGUCCCUAUUUGCUGUACCCAGCCUCUGCAUACUACAUGUAG